UGUCUUCUUGUCUCCGAUCCGAUCCGACCUGGCUUCCUUCUCGCCUUUGCCUUUCCCUUUCCCUUCCCCUUCCUCCCUCCCCGUGAUUCAACCAUAGAUUCCUCUUUCAUUGCUCUGCCUUCCUCCCUCUCCCUCCAUCUCUCGCCGCAAAUCCAGUCGCCGCACCGCACCACCGAGGGGUUCCUCGAUCCAUCCAUCAGACUAUGCAUCUCUUCUAGCACUUGCAUUGUUGGAUGGAUGAUGUUUACGGAAGAAUAGACAUCUUCCCGCAACACUUCUUGCCACCCAAAGAAUCCAUGGAGGCUGCUGAUGUUAUGUCCACAAGUAAGAAUAACCUGGAUCCUUCACCAAGUUCGCGCAGACGUUCUUGGACCCCGAAACGAGUCAAGGGAGCUGCAUCGCUUUUGCAGCUACUGUCUAUUCCUCGCAUUAGGUGGUCUUCCAGCAAUGAGGAUGAUGACAAGAUUGAAUUAACCAGAGCUGAAGUAGAAUCACUACGAAGCGAAAUUGCCGACGCUGAUGAGAGGGAGUCCCAGUUAAAAGCUCGGUUGGAAAACAUCGAUGAGGUUUUGAGAUAUGCACGCCUCUCUGGGUAUCUCCAUAUUAGAAGCAGAUGGACUCAACUCCCUGGAGAGCCACCUAUCAUAGAUGAUGCCGAUGUCGACGACUGGCUUCCUCGCUUUGUUGUCCUACAAGGGCAGUGUAUAUACUACUAUCUGAAGUCUACAGAUUUGAGUCCACAAGAAUCCACAUUGCUAUGUGACAUCGUGGAAGUAGGGCGGCUCCCCAACUUCGUGCCGGAAGACGGGAAAACUAGGCACGCGUUCUACAUGCUGACCCGGCAAGGCUUGAGGUUCGAGUGCUCGAGCAACUGCGAGAUUCAGGUGGAUUCGUGGGCAAGAGCAGUAGGAAGCGACUGCAGAUUGGAGGGUGGCGAGGUCAAGACAGGCGGGUCAUGCGGGAGCGGGGGCAAAAGCGUAAAAUCGGGUCGAGCAUCGGUUGUUGAAGUGAGGCCACAGCAGAGGAUCAGAUUCAGAUCAAGGCAUCAUUUCGCGGCUCCUGUAUAUCAUCAAGCCGGACGGCAAACAAGAACCGCAUUCCUUCCUCUCCUCUGCUUCUGCCUCCGCUCCACCGCAGAGUCGCCUCCCCCGUUCGCCGCCGCCAUGAGCGCCUCCUCCAAGCUCUGCCAGUCGGCGUGCAAGGCCGCAAGGUCGCUCCUCUCCUCCGCCUCCGCCCCGCGCUCCUCCGUCCUCGCAGACGGGAGGAACGCCGCCCUCGCCACGCUGACGAAUCUCGGCAGGAGCAAACUCCCCGCCGCAUACUCCUACCACAAGGCCGGCGGUGCUGCAGCCGCCUCCUCCACCCACGGGUACCAAUGGCUUGCCGCCGUACCCGCCGCCGCGUACAUGCUCCAGGAUCAGGAGGCGCAUGCGGCAGAGAUGGAGCGCACCUUCAUCGCCAUCAAGCCUGACGGCGUCCAAAGAGGCCUCAUUUCUGAGAUAGUGUCCCGGUUUGAGAGAAAAGGAUUCAAGCUCGUUGCCAUCAAGCUGGUGGUUCCAUCCAAGGAAUUUGCCCAGAAGCACUAUCAUGAUCUCAAAGAAAGACCUUUCUUCAGUGGAUUGUGCGACUUCCUUAGCUCUGGCCCCGUACUUGCCAUGGUUUGGGAAGGAGAGGGUGUUAUCAAGUACGGGAGGAAACUUAUUGGCGCUACAGACCCACAGAAAUCUGAACCAGGAACCAUCAGGGGUGAUCUUGCUGUUGUUGUUGGAAGAAACAUCAUUCAUGGAAGCGAUGGCCCUGAGACAGCGAAGGAUGAGAUUGCUCUCUGGUUUCAGCCCAAGGAGCUUGUCUCUUACACCAGCAACGAGGAGAAGUGGGUCUACGGGGUGAACUAACUGGCGAAUCAUCUUAAAGAAAAAUCAAUUUAUUCUCCAGUCCCUUUCCAUAAUCGGCUCUACUCCAUGGCAGAGUGUAAUAACGUCGCAACCCGGUGACCUUUGAGCUGGGUUGUGCCCAUCUGGUCUGAUGUAAUAAGGCCUGAAGAAAAAGAUUGUACCUUGUAAUGUAGAGCGUGCACCGAGCAAUCGUGAUGUUUGUGUCAAACUAUCAACUUCGGCCAUGUCAUUUGGAUGGAUGGUCUUUAAUUUGUUUUCUCCUCCAAUUCACGGCUAUAUUCUCUGCACUUA